AUGGAAUACACUGUAACGGAGUCGGAUUCGAUUGAGGGGAUCGCGGCGGUGCAUGACUGUACUGUUGGUGAGCUGAUGAAGAUGAAUCGACUUGCUGCUCGUAUGGUAUUCCCGGGACAGAAGCUUGUGGUGCCUUGUCCAGUAAGCGAAGAUGAUGCGUUUCAAAUAACUGAGGAUCGUGUCACAAACCAGCCUGACAGCGGCUCAGCUCCAGGAAGUGGACUAAUUUCCUCACAGUGUACCAUACUCGCCAGAGAAUAUUCUGAUUUGCGAGAUGGAACAAUGGAUCAUAAGUUCUACUUGAUAAUGUGGCAGGAGGCGUCGGCGGUGUGGGCUUCAUUGUGCGGCCAGGCGCAACACGAACUGUAUCGUAGAAGAUAG